AACAAUAUAAAAUUAAUUUUUUUACCAGCAAAUACAACAUCAUUAAUUCAACCAUUGGUCAUGGGUGCAAUUAGAUCCUUUAAAUGUCAUUAUAGAAAGGGUAUCAUGAGAAAAAUGAUAACAUUGAUGGAAGGAAAUGACACCAUUUCUUUUUAUAAAAGAUUUACACUAUAUGAUAGCCUCUAUCUUAUAAAAUUUGCAUGGGGUGAGGUGACAAGUACCACAAGUGUUUUAUUGAAGCUAAAUUUUUUGAUAAGUCUAUGGCAUUUGAUUGGGAAUCGGAGGAUGAAAUAGCAUUAACUGACAACGAAGAAGAUGAAUUUGAUCCCAUAUUUGAAGAAUAUGUGUUACACGAUGAUGAUGCUAGCUGCCAUGGAAUUUUAGAUGAUCAGGAUAUUUGUAAUCAGAUAAGAUUAGAGUUGGAAGAAGGUUAUGAAAGCUCCGAGAAUGACGAAGGGAACCUAGAGAUAUCUGAUCAUUUAAUUACAAAAAAUCAGGCUCUUAAUGGUUAUUAUACUUUUCUUGAAUAUGCUCAUGAACAUCUAAGGGAUCAAGAUUCACUAAGAAAGCUAGAGAAUAUAGUGGAAAAAGAAUUAUUUACUCCAGAGUCUAGCCAAACUCUUAUCACAAAAUAUUUUUAUUAAAUCUUAUAUUACUUUAUAAUAAUUGUGAUACAUGUAUAAUAAAAUUAGUUCAAAUAAAAUCUUAUGUUAUAAAGCAUUAAUAAACUUUCAUUCC